AUGGAGGAGCAGCGGGAUCUGAACAGCCCGGAUACCAGCGAAGGAGAGAGCGUGUCCCCGUCUCCUAGCCUGCCCUCGCCGCCCAUACUGCCUCUGCAGGUCGCCCAGCAGGCCCACAGAACCACCAACUUUUUCAUUGACAACAUUUUGCGACCGGACUUCGGCUGCAAGAAGGAACACGGUUUGGGGGCGAGGGAGAGGGCGCAGACCUCCAGCCGGGAGCGCGUCCACCCGGUGAUGGUGGUCAGCAGGCCGAGCCAUCCCGGGACGCCGUGCCAGGAUUCCAACUGCAGCAGCGACAGCACUUCGUCCUCCGCCUCCUCCACCUCGUUGGCGAGUCCCAAAAAGAGCAGCAACGGCAGCGGCGGCGGCAGCACCACCACCACAGGCAGCAGCAGCAGCGCCAAAGCCGAGGAGAGGACUGCUGGUAGCGGGGAGAACACCUCCUCCUCGGUGGUGGUGCUGAACGGGACCGGGGUGCCCACACCGGAGACCCAGCCGCUUCUCUGGCCUGCCUGGGUCUACUGUACCAGGUACUCGGAUAGGCCCUCAUCUGGCCCAAGGACACGGAAAUUGAAAAAGACGAAAAGCGACAAGGAGGACAAGCGGCCGCGCACGGCGUUCACGGCCGAGCAGCUGCAGAGACUGAAGACCGAGUUCCAGGCCAACCGAUACAUCACGGAGCAGAGGAGACAGUCUCUGGCCCAGGAGCUCAACCUCAACGAGUCCCAGAUCAAAAUCUGGUUUCAGAACAAGCGGGCCAAAAUCAAAAAGGCCAGCGGCUACAAGAACGGCCUAGCUCUGCAGCUCAUGGCCCAGGGAUUGUACAACCAUUCCACCACCACCAUCCAGGAGGACAAGGAGGACAGCGACUAG